AUGAUAAUAUAGCAAUAAUUGUAAAGAUAAUUGUCCAUAGAGAAAAAUCAAAUUUCUACAAAAGUAGGUAAUCAACAUUUAUCAGAAUACUUUACUGAAUUUCAUAAUAAAAAGUAUUGUAAAGCCAAAAAGAUCAAUCCACCUGAGGAAUUCAAAGACAAAAAUCCAAUGUUUAAGCUUGAAUCUUCAAAAUAAGUAUAUACAUUAAUAUUUACUUAGAUAGAAUAUUAUGAUAAAACAAAACAUCCAAUGUUAAGACCAUAAACUGCUUGUCUUCCAAAUUAGAAAAGAAUAAGAGAAGGUUUUUUUCAUAAUACUACAUAUCAGAAAUUACAUGACCAAAAACCUCAUUGUAUAUCACUAAUAUAUAUUAUUAGUGGAUGAACCAUAUUAAUUAAAAUUAGAUUAUCCAUAAACUAUAAUGGAAGGGACUAAAUUGGAUGCUUUUUCAGAAUAUUAACGAUAAUAUAAAUCUUUAACUCCUGACAAAGAUCUUAUAUUUGGAGGAAAAAGUAUGUUUAAGUAAUAAAUUCCUUAUUAAUAAAUAUAUAAGUAAUCCAAUAAGUCCAAAUGUAGCUUUAUUUCGAUAAAGUGAAUCACAUAGAUUUUUUAAAACUAUGAAGAUCAAAUAGCAUAAAAUAGUUCCACCUUCUCUAGCUAAAAAACUUGCUUUAGAUACCUCUUUAACAAUACCAAAUAUUCCAUCUUUCCAGGGAUAAUAUGAAAGUGUUAGUAAACGUGAUUUUUCCGAAAAAAAAAUAAAAGAAAUUCCAAAAAGAUUUAGGUGA